UGAUAUAAGUAUCCGCCGCCGCCCGCCCAUCCACCCUAGCCACCUCGCGCACCACUCCUCCUACUGCAGCUCAAUCUGCAAUCUCCCGCCAGCACAGCCACGCCUACCAAAAGAAACUCACUCUACGCCACGCCAAGCAAAGCACCAUGGCCUGUUCCACUCCGCUCUCUGUGAAGCGCCCCAAGCGCGCUUCGCUCCGCUUUGCAGGCAUCCCAGAUGCGAGGGACGUUCUGGCUGUUUAUUUUUGGUGGCGGAAGCAGAAGUUUUUCGCGAUGAAGAUCGACCAGCGGAGUCAGUUUGAUGAAUCGAGUGUACGGAGUGUUUUUGGAGGCGAUGAGGAAACGGCGCCGCUCUCACCGUUCCUGAGGGCGGGAUUUGAGGAAAGAACGGCGGGAUUCGAUUUACUUGGUGUUGGGGGGCAGUUUGAGUGAGUGAUGCACCUGGUUGGGUGGGCUACUCAGGGGGAAGAUUGCUGAGCAGGGAAGUGAUGCCUUUGCUUGGCUUGCAGUUCGGGUUGGGUCGGCGCUGGG